AUGAGGACAUUAAAGCAAUUGGCAAUAGAUGAAGGCUUCAAGUAUCCUUCUGCAGCAAAAGCACUAGAGGAAGAGUUUUACAUGGAUGACCUCCUCAGUGGAAGCCACAGCAUUGAGGCCGCUAGGCAAUUACAAGCAGAUUUGAUUAAUUUACUCAAAUCGGGAGGAUUCAAUCUCCGAAAAUGGUCAUCAAACGAAGUUGAAUUAGUACAAGGAGUCAGCACAGCAGGCAGCAAUCAGCAGCAGCCAUUUGAUUUCAAACACCAGGACUCCACCAAAGCAUUAGGGCUCCGAUGGAAUCCACAACGUGAUCAGUUUUCAUUUGAAAUAAUACUGAAACCAUCAUCAUCAAAGCCAAUAAGCAAGAGAAUCCUAUUAUCUGAAAUAUCCCAGGUUUUCGAUCCGAUUGGGGUGGCUCUCUCCCGUAACUACCACACUGAAACAUCUAUUUCAAAAAGUAUGGCUACUGGAAGACGUGCAAUGGAAUGA